AAAUUAAUGACCAUGAGUUCGUUUUUGAUAAACUCCAACUACAUCGAGCCCAAAUUCCCGCCCUGCGAGGAGUAUUCGCAGCACAGCAGCGCCAGCAGCAACAGCAGCACCUACCACCACCACCACCACCAGCCGCACCUGCAUCAGCACCCAGCGCACCCGGGCCAGUCUCUCCCCGACUACUACCAGCGGCCCAGCAGAGACCCUGGAUACCAGCCACCACCACCGCCACCGCCACCUCCUCCUCCUCCUCCCGAGGCGCUCUACCCCGCGCAGCCACCCGGCUACUCCGAGGCGCCCUACAGCUACAGCAGCACCAGCGCCACCCCGGGCCAGGAGCAGCCACCCCCGGGUGCCUCUCCUCCACCGCCUCCUCCACCGAAGGGGCACCAUGUCCAGUCCCAGCCCCUGCUCCAAAGCCGCGUCCUGCAGCACCAGCGACACUGCGAAGCAGCCCCCGCCGCAGGGGCUGGGGCCGGGGCCAGCCCAGGAUGCCCCCUCCUGCCUGACAAGAGCCUGCCUGGCCUCAAAGGCAAAGAGCCCGUGGUCUACCCCUGGAUGAAGAAGAUCCAUGUGAGCACUGUCAAUCCCAAUUACACUGGAGGGGAACCCAAGAGGUCUCGAACUGCCUACACCAGACAACAAGUCUUAGAGCUGGAGAAGGAGUUCCAUUUUAACCGUUACCUGACCAGGAGGCGACGCAUUGAGAUAGCACAUACACUUUGUCUCUCGGAGCGCCAGGUCAAGAUUUGGUUUCAGAACAGGAGGAUGAAAUGGAAGAAAGAUCACAAACUGCCUAACACUAAGAUGCGCUCCUCAAAUCCAUCUACUGCUAGUCAGCAAGCCAAAGCACAGACACAGGGCCACCAUCAUCAACUCGAUGGGUCAACACCCAACUCAUCAGCCCUAUAAUGAUUUUUAUAUUUGUUUUUUUCAGUUGCCUAUUUUUGUUGUUGACCAUUUGGACCAAAACAACUGUAUACAGAAUCAGAAGAAAUGUGCCCUGUACAGGGUACAUGUUGAAACCAAAACAUGGACAAAUUGUCUACACUGUACAGACAUAAUGGUUCCAUUCCCAUCAUUCUUUCGUAUUUAUGAAAAUACGCUGUACCUUCCGUGUCACAGAGCGCUGGAUGCUGUAAUGGAUGAAUUCUGUACCCAAGAAGGACUCUUUUGUACAUAACACUUUAAAAAUAAAAUACAGUUAAAAUAAUAAUUCUUGAAACACUUGUGUAAGACAUUGACUUGAGUUGUGUUGUUUCGUGCAAUGUUCGUGGAUUCUCCAGUAUAUGCAGACAGAAGAAACCAAAUUUUAUGUCAUGGAGAUUUUAUGAAAACUGUCCCAUUACAGUCUGACAGGCAAUGUUUAAUGUAACAAGAGUUAUUUAAUUGUUUUUAAGCGUAGCCACUGCGGUAGUUGUGAUAUAAUCGUUUUCCCCAUGUCUCCUAUUGCAUUUAUUUAAAAAUAUUAAAGGCUGUUGCUGUCUUCAUAUCUGGCACGUCUAACUGUUUCGGUCUGUGUACAAUUUGUGAAUUUUGGUGUGAUGUAUAUAUUGCCAAUACUGGUAAUAAAGAAUACUCUGUACAAAAAAAAAAAAUUAAAGGCUUCAAACACAAGUUCAUGUAAUGCUGUUUCCUAAACAUUAUGCUUUGCUGAUAAUUUGCUUUCAAAUUUAGUUAAAGAGAUGCUCAUUUUAGUUGCCUGCCUUCACAAAAAAUAGAGCCUGCUUGAACAAGUAUAUGUAUUAUUUAUUGCCUAGAUGACUUGUGGCCUGUAGCAACCUUGCCAGAGGUUCAGUCUGUCUAUUCAUUUACAUGUAUAUGGCUAUUCCCACCCUAUGCACAGAGAAAUAGAGCUUUCACACUGAGUCAAUGAACUGAAAUGAACUAAUUUACUUUAGUAGAACUAAGACAGCUAACCAUGAUACACUUUAAAAAUAUCUGGCCAGUCAUUAUUUAUUCGUUCACUUGGUAUUUAUUGUGACUUGUCAAUUCACUAUGAAGAAUUAAGGGGAUGUAUGGGUGAUAAAAGUUUCUUUAUUUCAAAGGCAUCUAUUUUGAAAAGUGUUUGGGUGUAAACAGAAAGCCUUAAUAAUUAAAUGAAAUCUGGUACAACCCAGAGGUUUAAUCUGGUAAAUGUGUUCAGAAUGAUUCUGGAAAACAGUAUUCAGGUGUUUCAAACUCAUAGUAACCUUCUA